AUGACUUUUCCAAUGGGAGUUGUUCAGAAUUUAUCCGGGCAUAAUGCUAUUGUUAACUCACUGGUUUGCAACGAAGACGGCGUUCUUGUAUCUGGCGGUGAUAAUGGUUCAAUAUGUUUCUGGGAUUGGCGUUCAGGUUUUUGCUUUCAGGUUUUUGAUGGAUCCACGCUAAUGACGUUUCAGAAAAUACAAACAAAGCCUCAACCUGGGUCAAUUGAUUCCGAAGCUGGUAUAUAUGCCAUGUGUUACGAUAAAACAGGCUUACGUCUUAUAACAGGAGAGGCCGACAAAACUAUCAAAAUGUACAAAGAAGAUGAGGAAGCGACUGAGGAGACACAUCCCAUCGUAUGGCGGCCAGAAAUUGUGAAAAGGAAAGCCUACUAA